AUGACCCCCAACCCGGUAGCGACGUUCCGUUCACUUACUGUCCCGACUAGCAGGAUCCGUUGUAUCGUACUUGUGCCUGGGUGGGGUAAUCAGCAUGGCCUGGGGAAUGGUGUCUGCUUCGACGGCCGUGUUCCGGACACGGCCCAAUCUCAGCUACGAAAUGAUCGCGUUCAGAUCGACCUUCUGCGAGAGAGCGUUGCCAUUAUUGGACACAGUCCUGGUUGCAAGUCUUCGCCGCCAAAAUUGGAGAUCCGAGAGUCUGUGCGGAGCGAAGGAAAACCAAGAGUGUUCGUGUGUCGCGGCAUCGAGCCAGGAGCAGUGACGUUGCUCUUGAUCCGCAUCGUUCGCUGA